UUAAACUCAUUUCUCAUUCUCAAUAGGACUGAACUAUGGCCAUCAACCAUUCCAACAAUUCCAACUGUACCGAUUUGGAUGAACUGAUGAAACACUACUACCUGCCUGUGGCUUAUAGUCUCAUCUUCAUUGUGGGCUUGGUUGGAAAUGUAACAUCUAUCAGCAUUUACUUGACAAAGCUGCGUCCCUGGAAGAGCAGCAGCAUCAUCUUGGUCAACCUGGCGGUGACCGAUCUUCUCUACGUCCUCAGCCUGCCGUUCCUGGUCUACUACUACAGCAGAUGGGAUAAGUGGUCUCUCUGCGGAUUCAUGUGCCGUGUCGUGCGCGUUGGGUUUCAUUUGAACCUUUAUGGGAGCAUCCUCUUUCUAACAUGUCUGGCAGUUUUUCGUUAUGUAGUGGUGAUUAAACCACUGAGUGCAGCACAGGUACAGCAGAAGCGCUGGGGUAUAAUUGCCUGCUCAGCUGUUUGGAUCAUCUCUGCCGCUGAAAUAACACCCAUGUUGAGCAUGAUAUCAGUAAAUGAUAACAAGAAGUGCAUAGACUUUGCAAGUACUGAACCCGUCGCUACUGUGCGGUUGUACGGCUGGCUACUUACUGCGUUUGGAUUUCUACUUCCCCUUGUGGUGGUGUUUAUGUGUUACACUGGGAUAGUAAAACAGCUGGCAAACGGACCACGCACAACAAGUUUCUGUCGGAUGCGAGCACGGCGUGUGACUGUACUGAUCCUGGUGGUGUUUGUUGUAUGUUUUAUGCCAUAUCACGUCCUGCGUGUGUUGCGGAUAGAAUCAAGAUAUCAUAACGCGACUUGUCCGGCAGAGAACAUCGUGCAUGCAGCGUAUAUCAUCUCCCGGCCUCUGGCUGGAUUUAACACCUUUUUCAACCUGGUGCUCUACACUCUUUCAGGUGAUACAUUUAGGAGGGCCUUUCUCAACGCUUUCCACUGGGAACGCUGCCUGACCAAAACAAGGUCACUGGUCCACCUGGCCGUCAUUAGCAAGGCAAGCAGGGACAAGUCUGCUACAUGACUGACAACACCUAACUUUCUUUCUUCAGUAGCUCUGUGACUCAUACUGUAGACAUGCUGUAAUAAUAUGCACUCAUUGUGUCGUCUUUACCGUAGGUUCGUCUUGGGAAACUGUGCAGCAACCCAGAAGUGAAAAUAAUAAGGACUCAUUGUAUUAAUGACUCAAUAGUUAAGACCUUUGUCUACAGUUUUUCUUUCUCUGACUGGAAGUCCCCUGAGCAUAUUUACCUGACUUACAAUGGAUUCCUUUGUUUGAAGCCCCAAAAAUAUUUACUGUGUAGCUAUGGACCUUGGAAGAGAGUUUGUAUUUCUAAACUCUUUUGUUUGUGAUUCAGAUUUCCUAACAGAAUGCCUGAGCCUCUGACAUGCUAAUUUUAUUCAGAUUCUUUCAGCUAGUAAGACAACCCCCUAUGAGCAAUCAGGUUGAAAAAUAAAGCCACAAGAUACAAUGAGGGCAGC